AUCUUACAUAAAUUCCAGGACUCACUAGGAAAACUAAAUAUUUGUCGAUGUAUUUUUGAAGUAUCCGAUUUGGAUUCUCUGAAUUAUUACAUUCGUAAUCUCAUUACAAGAAACUAAAUAUGUUAUAACUUCCUACCUUUCCUUCAAAUAUCACUUCCAUUGUAAUUUCAUUUGAAACAUCAGACUAUGGCGAAAAUAAAUAUAUUUAUUAUUUUAAUGAUUUCCUUGGUUCACUUGCAUGCUUAUAAGUUGGCCCAGUCCUCCAGUGAUUUAGUGACUUUGAGUGACUCCGAUAUUCCAGGCUGUGAUAAUGAGAAUGAAAAACCAGAACCAGAAACCAAUAAGAAAUGCACCGUCAGAAUGGAUGCCUCGUGCAAGAUGAAGGCGUCGUGUAUUGCCCAGAAAGCGGCUAAGGAGGCAAAGGAUGCUUCUGAUGCACAGGUGGAGGCAGGAGAGGCUGCUGCCCGCCAGGUGAAGCAGCAGUUGGCGGAGAAGGCUCAGGCCGCUGCUAAGGCGGCGGAGGCAGCAUUGGCGGGAAAGCAACAGAUUGUGGAGCAGCUGGAAUCUGAGAUACGGGAAGGGGAGCUGGUGGUGCAAGAGGAGACCACACUGCUGCAGACCACUCAAAACACCUAUUGUGCCGCGGGACAGGCGGCCAAGCAGGCGGAUGUCCAGCUGAAGACUCUUACCCAGGCUGUGAAGAAUGCGCAGGACAAUGUUUUCAAUUCGGAACAUGUGGCAAAUGGAGCACAGCAGGAGCUGUCGGAGAAACAGCAGCUCGUGGAAGCUGCCAAGAAGCGGGUGGAGCUCCUCCUCAAGCAGCUGGAGGUGGCCCGUAUGGACUUUAAGAAUACAAAGAUGGCCGCCGAGAAGGCAGCCUGUGCUGCUCAGGAAGCCAGACAAAGGGCUUCCAGGGAGCGAAGACGGGCAGAGCUACAGCACAGGCUAAGGCAACAAAUAGGUCUUGCUUUCUGAGUAUUUAUAUUUUAUAUUUAAAUUAUUUCACAUUAAAAUUGAUUUUAAAAUA